GUUAACUGCCUUUGAGUUCCAUUCAUUUUGAAAUGAUCUAUUUCUUUCUUUACUUUUAUUUCUUUGCUUUGGGCUUUGUGAGUGGCUGUUGAUCUGUGCGCCCUGCUGGUUGUUGUUGUCUGUUUAUUUAUUUAUUUUUGGCUGGGUGGCACAGGCUUCUGACCAUAAUUUAGAUGGCACGGGAGGGACCGUAAGAAGUAUUUCGGUCAUUUUCUGCUGAUUCGCCUUUGAAGUUCUUGGGCUGUUCCGGGACUGUCAGGAUCAGUUUGCCGGCUCAGCACUUUCUGGAGCCUCACUCGCUCACCAAUGAGGAAGUUGAAAGCAACCGGGAGAACGACAGGCACUGGGGAGGAGCUGUGAUGAAGUCCUGGGCUGGGAUGGCUGGGGGCAGGCUGACUUUCCUUACGACAAAAAGCCUUUUGUCCUCGGGGAUAAAUACGGAAGUCCCAGAGGAGCAGCCUCCCCAGUCCGUGUGUAGUAAGGUGCGCAGCCUCUGCUGCUUCUGGGCAUAAAGCUCCACGGACUUUUUACAGUUGCCCUGGGCGCACCAUCGUGGCACAACCCGGAAGGAGGGCACAGUAAGUGACCUGAAAGAGACCAAGUGUGCUGACUCCGCCGCUGAGGAGUCUGGCUCCCGGGUCCUGUUGCUCUCUGUCCUGUAAGUUAAGAGCCGAUGGAGUGGAUAAACUGAGCAGGGGAAGGCAACAAAAGUCAGAACUUCCACUGAAGGCGUUGCUGAGAGACAUGGAGGACGUUGGUGACUCUCUGAGUGGCAGUGAUGUCGCAGAACCGGAAAAAUCUGAAGCUGAACUUGAAAUGGCUCAGUCGAUCCUGAGCAAGUUCUCUAUGAAAUCCUUGUUUGGGUUUACAAGUAAAUUGGAAUCUGUGAAGCCUGAAGAGGAAGAUGCAGUGCUGAAAGCAUUCCACAGUUUAGUGGUGGAUCCCACACCACAGCUGGGUGAUCCCAGCAAUGGCUCGGGUCUGCAGGAGGCAGAGGCUCAGGUCCCACCUGACUUCGGAAAAGAUGGGAAGACUGCAAGGGUGGAGACAGAGAUGGAGUCAGAAGGGAGUCAGAGAAAAGCAGAGGCAGGGGUUUCUCUCCCUGGUCAAGAGCUUCUCCCACUCACUGCUUUGAGUGUGAGCAGAGACGAUGUCAUUUUGGUUCGUGGGACCCUUGUAAAUACCACCAGUGAUUCUGACUCUGAGGAUGGUGGCCAGGAGCCAGAAGAAGGAAGUAAUGCCAAUGGCCUGAAGUCCCCUAGUGUUGUUUUAUCUAAGCCAUUUGAGGAGCCCAAAGACAAGCCAGGCGAGUGUGGUUUUUGGGAAAAUAUUGCCACUGGGGAAAAGGGUGAUGCAGAGCUCUGUGCCGAUGGUCCUCCAGGGACUCCACCUGAGAUAGGUAGCAAACCGGAGCUUGGCAGUGGUGGUCUUCAGACAGAGCACAGCCCCAGCCAAGGACCAGCUGGACAAGAAGGUUUCCAAGUUCCACCUGUGGUAACAGACCAGAACUUAAGUGUUGGUGUCACCGAGAAUACCUCUUCUAAAAAAGAAGUCCCUGGAGAGAAGUCAUUCCAGCUUCCAGCUUUUUUUAGUGGGCUUCGUGUGCUGAAGAAGGGGGCCCCAGCUGAGGGUGGGGAGACCAUCACUGAGAUUAAACCAAAGGAUGGGGACCUGGCUUUGCUCAAAUUGACCCAGCCUGUUCAGAAGUCCCUAGCACAGGCAGGGCCACAGACAGUGCCACAGAUAGUGCCGCAGGCAGUGAAAACCAGGGAGAAAACAAGUGAUCUGAAGGCCACUCCCACUCUCCUGGAGCAGCUCUCGCAGCUACUCAGCAUUGACAUGCCCAGAGCCGAACUGAAGGCAGAAGACCCUGAGCCACCCAGGGGAGAAGAGAUGGGCCGCAGUGCUGCCCCGGAGAGCCAGAGCUGCCCCGGAGCAACCCAAACCCAGGGUGGAGAGGUCAAGCCAAAGCCCCCAGAAACUGCCCUGGAGGCCUUUAAAGCCUUAUUUAUCCGUCCCCCCAAAAAGGGGACCACAGCUGACACCUCUGAGCUGGAAGCUCUCAAGCGUAAGAUGAGGCAUGAGAAGGAGUCCCUAAGAGCUGUGUUUGAACGGUCCAGGUCAAGGCCAGCGGAUGGCCCCUCUGAUUCCAAAAGCCCUGACCACAGCCCCACUGAGCAGGACGAUAGGACUCCUGGCAGACUCCAAGCUGUCUGGCCACCCCCAAAGACAAAGGACACAGAAGAAAAAGUGGGAUUGAAGUACACUGAAGCAGAAUAUCAAGCUGCUAUUUUACACUUGAAGAGGGAGCACAAAGAAGAAAUUGAAAACCUGCAGGCUCAGUUUGAACUUCAGGCCUUUCAUAUCCGGGGUGAGCAUGCAGUGAUAACAGCCAGACUAGAAGAAACCAUUGAAAAUCUCAAGCACGAGAUAGAGCACCGAUGGCGAGGGGGAUGUGAAGAGAUGAGAGAUGUGUGUAUCUCCACUGACGAUGACUGCCCUCCAAAGACCUUCAGAAAUGUGUGCAUCCAGACGGACAGGGAGACUUUCCUCAAACCCUGCGAAAGUGAAGGCAAGACAACCAGAAGUAACCAAAUAAUACCCAAAAAGCUGAAUAUCUCCUCUUUAAGCCAACUCUCUCCUCCAAAUGACAACAAAGAUAUCCAUGCACCACUUCAGUCUGUGGAAGGCAUCUCAUCAAGUCAGCAGAAGGCAUCGCCUCCCCCUCCUGCACCACCCCUACCAGCAGCCAUCCCUCCCCCUCCCCCCCUGCCCCCUGGACUUGCACCUUUGCCACCAGUACCUCCACCACCACCACCUGUGUGUGCUGGGCCACCACCACCUCCGCCCCCUCCUCUGCCUCCAAGUGCAGGACCUCCCCCACCUCCUCCCCCACCACCACUGCCUAACUUACCUGCUCUGCCCAACAGUGGGGGGCCCCCUCCUGCUCCAACACCCCCAGGACUUGUGCCCCCACCUCCUCCUGGACUCUUCUUUGGAGUUGGCCCUUCUAGCCAAUGCCCUCGGAAGCCAGCCAUUGAGCCCAGUUGUCCCAUGAAGCCUCUGUACUGGACUAGAAUACAAAUAAGUGAUAAGAGCCAAAGCACUACACCAACCUUAUGGGAUUCCUUAGAAGAACCUGAUAUUCGGGAUCCUAGUGAAUUUGAGUAUUUAUUCUCCAAAGACACAACUCAGCAGAAGAAAAAACCUCUGUCAGAGACUUAUGAGAAAAAAAGCAAGGUCAAAAAGAUCAUCAAAUUAUUGGAUGGAAAACGAUCUCAAACUGUGGGAAUCUUGAUAUCUAGUUUGCAUUUAGAAAUGAAGGAUAUCCAGCAGGCCAUUUUCAAUGUGGAUGACUCUGUGGUUGAUCUGGAGACUCUGGCGGCUUUAUAUGAAAACAGAGCCCAAGAGGAAGAAUUGGUUAAAAUAAGAAAGUAUUAUGAGACAUCCAAAGAAGAAGAAUUGAAGCUGCUGGAUAAGCCUGAGCAAUUUUUACAUGAGUUAGCCCAGAUCCCUAAUUUUGCUGAGCGUGCCCAGUGCAUCAUCUUCAGAUCUGUCUUUUCUGAGGGUAUCACCUCCUUGCAUAGAAAGGUAGAGAUCAUCACACGAGCUUCUAAGGGCUUGCUGCACAUGAAGAGUGUGAAGGAUAUUUUAGCUCUCAUUCUGGCUUUUGGAAAUUAUAUGAAUGGAGGAAAUAGGACUCGGGGACAAGCAGAUGGAUAUAGCUUAGAAAUUCUGCCCAAACUCAAGGACGUCAAAAGUCGGGAUAAUGGGAUUAAUCUGGUGGACUAUGUCGUGAAAUAUUACCUGCGUUACUAUGAUCAGGAAGCAGGAACAGAAAAGAGCAUUUUCCCCCUACCUGAACCACAAGAUUUCUUUCUGGCUUCCCAAGUCAAGUUUGAAGACCUUGUAAAAGACUUGAGAAAACUGAAGAGGCAACUAGAAGCAAGUGAGAAACAGAUGGUGGUGGUGUGCAAGGAAUCGCCAAAGGAGUAUCUUCAGCCUUUCAAGGACAAACUAGAAGAGUUCUUCCAGAAAGCCAAAAAAGAGCAUAAAAUGGAAGAAAGUCACUUGGAGAAUGCACAGAAAAGUUUUGAAACGACAGUCGGGUAUUUUGGGAUGAAGCCCAAGUCUGGCGAGAAGGAGAUCACACCCAGCUACGUAUUUAUGGUGUGGUACGAGUUCUGCAGUGACUUCAAGACGAUUUGGAAACGGGAGAGUAAGAACAUAUCUAAAGAAAGAUUGAAAAUGGCUCAGGAAUCAGUCAGCAAGUUGACGUCAGAGAAGAAAGUGGAGACAAAGAAAAUCAAUCCCACAGCUAGUCUGAAAGAAAGACUGCGUCAGAAGGAAGCCAGCGUGACCACCAACUAAAACAGAGACACAAGAAAAUGAUGACAGCAAGAUGUAGUACCUUGCAUGAUCCUUUGCAAUACUAGUGCUGCAGGAAGUUCUUGAAAGAUAUGUUACUAAAUGUUUGUUUCGCUCAUCUCUUCCUGAGGUCAUCUGCAGUGAGCACCCCAUGCCUUCUUAAAGAAGUCCCUUGUUAAGCCACAGAAAGAAUGAAAAGCUAUUUAAGGGAAUAUUGCAGGAGUAUUUGACAAUUGUUUCUUAUAGAGGUCCUAAGUCCACUUUGUUGUAAGACCAGAAGUACCAAGAUUUUCCAAAUUUUUCUAAAAGCAGAGAUUUUAAGCUUUCUAGUCCAAGCUUGAGAUAUGUAAAUGUGUGACAGAAGAAAAGGAUCUUUUAUGACAAUUGCCUCGAGAGAGUUCAAGCCUUUACACACUGCUGGUUUGAUUAUUGGUCUUAACUUUGAUCCUAUUGCAGUAAGAUCUUAAAGCAUCUUUCUCACCAAAAAUGUUGAAACUUACUAAAACUAUUUUUUAAGAAGUC